CCAUCUCUCCGCCGUUUCUCCGGACAGCUCGGUGGUGUAGAGAGGCUCUGCAGUCACGUGGUCGAGGGAAGGGAGCGCGGCCGAGCGAGCGAGCGAGGGAGAGCGUGGGGGGGUGUCCCUCCUCCGCAGUUUGCAGUUUGUUAUGUCUCAGGCGCCGUGAGCACCGGAGAGCGCCGGAGCUGGAGCGAUCGUCUGAUUCUUUUACAUGCACCAGAAAAGCCGAGAAUCUCACAACCUUUCCUCGCAACUGUUUCCCUCUCUAUAUGUCAGCGUCUCCCCCCAUCAUUUGAAAACGUCUUCAUUUUCAAUUUUUAAAUUAUUUUUAAUUUUUUUUUUUUGCACACAGUGUCGACUUUUUGCCUUAUAACUGUUCCUCUUUCUACGUUCUUUUAUCCUCCUAUCUGGAUCUAACCCACGGUUGCAGGGAGCGUGGAUGAGCAGCUCUGGUUUAUAUCGGAGAUGGAAUUCCUAAUUGUAUGCCUUUCCUUUUGGAUUUUGCACUGCAAUUCAGUUCGAGGGGACUCCAUCAUUCACAUCGGUGCCAUAUUUGAGGAAAACGCCGUGAGGGACGAUGAGGUUUUCCAGUUGGCCAUCUCAGAUCUUAGUCUCAACGACGACAUUUUGCAGAGUGAGAAAAUCACCCACUCCAUAAAACUUAUCGAGCCCAACAAUCCGUUUCAAGCAGUGCAAGAAGCCUGCGAGUUGAUGACCCAGGGAAUCCUGGCGCUGGUGACAUCGACGGGCUGCGCGUCGGCCAGUGCACUGCAGUCCCUCACCGACGCCAUGCACAUUCCGCACCUCUUUGUGCAGCGGCACCGCGACGGCUCUCCACGCACGGCCUGCCAGCUGAACCCCAGCCCCGAUGGCGAGCGCUACACACUGGCCGCCCGGCCGCCCGUGCGCCUCAACGAUGUCACUCUUCAGCUGGUCGCCGAGCUGCGCUGGCAGAAGUUCGUCGUCUUCUAUGACAGCGAGUAUGAUAUCCGCGGCCUGCAGAGCUUCCUGGACCAGACAUCUCGGCUCGGCCUGGACGUGUCCCUGCAGCGGGUCGACAGGAACAUCAGCCGCGUCUUUGCGGGCCUCUUCAGCACCAUGCGCACGGAGGAACUAAAUCGCUACCGGGACACGCUGCGCCGCGCCAUCCUGCUGCUGAGCCCCAAAGGCGCCCAGGCCUUCAUCCACCAGGCUGUGGAAACGAAUCUGGCCUCGAAGGACAGCCACUGGGUGUUUGUGAACGAGGAGAUCAGCGAUGCAGAGAUCCUGGAACUGGCACACAGCGCCCUGGGGCGGUUGACGGUCAUCCGCCAGAUCUUCCCGCUGUGGAAGGACAGCAAUGCCCGAUGCAUGAGAAACAACCACCGCAUCUCCUCGCUGCUGUGCGAUCCCCAAGAGGGCUACCUCCAGUCCCUGGAGGUCUCCAACCUGUACCUGUAUGACAGCGUGCUGAUGCUGGCCAACGCCUUCUACAGGAAGUUAGAGGACAGGAAGUGGCACAGCAUGGCCAGCCUGAACUGCAUCAGGAAGUCCACCAAACCGUGGAACGGGGGCUGGUCCAUGCUGGAGACCAUUCAGAAGGGACGCAUCACCGGACUCACCGGCGUCAUGGACUUCCGUGACGGCGGCUCCAACUCGCACGUCCAGUUUGAGAUCCUGGGCACGAGCUACAGUGAAACGUUUGGAAAGGACGUGAAGCGGUUAGCAACAUGGGACUCUGCUCUGGGGCUGAACGGAAGCCUUAAAGAGAGCCGGAUUGAGAACGGGAUGCAAGGAGUGACUGUCAGGGUGGUAACGCUGCUGGAGGAUCCCUUUGUCAUGGUAGCAGAAAAUAUUCUCGGGCAGCCAAAGAGGUACAAAGGCUUCUCCAUCGACGUGCUCGAUGCUCUGGCAAAGAUCCUGGGCUUCAAGUACGAGAUCUACCAGGUGCCGGAUGGCAAAUACGGGACGCAGCUGCCCAACGGGUCAUGGAACGGGAUGAUCGGGGAGCUCAUCAACAAGAGGGCGGACCUGGCAGUGUCGGCCAUCACCAUCACACCCGAGAGGGAGAACGUGGUGGACUUCAGCAAGCGUUACCUGGACUACUCCGUGGGUAUCCUGCUGAGGAAGCCCGAGGAGAAGAUCAACAUCUUCUCCCUGUUCGCCCCCUUCGACUUGGCGGUGUGGGCAUGCAUCGCGGCGGCCAUCCCCCUGGUGGGCGUUCUCAUCUUCCUUCUGAACCGCAUGCAGUCCGGCCGCUCCCAGAACCCGCCCGGACCCCACCAGGCGCCGCUGGCCUCCGUCUCCAGCUCCCUGCACAGCGCCAUCUGGGUCGUCUACGGAGCCUUCGUCCAGCAAGGGGGCGACUCGGCGACGGGCUCCAUGGCACUACGCAUCGUCAUGGGCAGCUGGUGGCUCUUCACCCUUGUCGUCUGCUCCUCCUACACGGCCAACCUGGCGGCCUACCUUACCGUGUCCCGGAUGGAUAACACCAUACGGACCUUCCAGGACCUGGCCAAACAGAUGGACCUGUCCUACGGCACCGUCCGGGACUCCGCGGUCUACGACUAUUUCCAAGCCAAGGGCACCAAUCCCCUGGAGCAGGACGGCACCUAUGCAGAGCUCUGGAGGACCAUCAGCAAGAACAAUGGGCAUGAGAACUCAGUCUCGAGUCCCUCAGAGGGCAUCCGUAAGGCCAAGAAAGGGUCCUACGCCUUCCUGUGGGACAUGGCCGUGGUGGAGUAUGCGGCCCUCACUGACGAUGACUGCACCAUCAUGGUGACAGGCAACAGCAUGAGCAGCAAGGGCUACGGCAUUGCCAUGCAACACGGCAGCCCCUACCGGGACCUCUUCUCUCAGAAGAUCCUGGAGCUGCAGGAGAAAGGGGACCUGGACAUCCUGAAGCAGAAGUGGUGGCCCCGCAUGGGCCGCUGUGACCUGGACAGCCACGCACACGCGCAGCCCGACGGCCGCGCCCUGAAGCUGCACAGCUUCGCCGGCGUCUUCUGCAUCCUGGCGGCGGGUCUGCUGCUCGCCUGCCUGGUGGCCGCCCUGGAGAUGUGGUGGAGCAGCAAUCGGUGCCGGCGAGAGCAGCCCAAAGAGGUUACUAAGGAUUACAGACUGGCAAAGGACAAGGAGGUGAAUCUGGAGCAGGUACACCGGCGUAUGAACAGCCUUUUGGACGAGGACAUGGCUCACAAGCAGAUCCCCACCCCGUCUAUCGAGAUCUCUGCACUGGACAUCGGCAGCAUGCAGCCCAGCCAGCCGCUGGAGGCCGUGCGGGACUUCCCAGGCACGGGGCUAUCUGUGAGCACCUUCCUUCCAGAGCAGGCACAUGGGGUGGGGCGGACGCUGGUGCAGACCCCUGGGAGCACUCUGCCGCUGCCCCUGAGCAGCUCCACCAUCCCCUCCAUGCAGUGCAAGCACAGAUCCCCCAACGGGGGCCUGUUUCGCCAGAGUCCCAUCAAGACGCCCAUGCCAGUGUCAUAUCAGUCAGUUCCCGGAGGACCCAUCCCAGAAGCCAUUGAGCCCACACACAGUACUUCCAUCUGACCUCGUGCAUAGCCCCCGGCUCCUCUGUCUUCGUCCCGGUGAAAGAGAGCAAGACCCCACCCCACCCAAAAAAAAAAAGGGAAAGGAAAAAAGGAAAAAAGGAAAAAAAAAAGAGCAAAGAUUUUUAUUACCUGUUCAAAAAUGACAAACAAAGAAAAUGAAUAACUAUCCGUGUACAUAUCUGUAAAUACUGACAGAAUGAAGUGAGGUAAAAGUGUAUUUUGAAUAUUCUCAAUUUUUGAAGUUGAGUUAAAAAAACAAAAAGAGAUAAAAAAUUAUCAAAAAAACGACUGUUUGAAUGGCUUUGUAAAUUUUGUUCUAUAUAAAUAAAGAAGCGAAUUCCUUGUGAUUGUUUUCUAAGUGCCAAGCUGAAAACGUCUCUCUAUGGAAUCAUUAUCAGAUGACGGUACGCUGUAGCGACUUAAAGAGGAACACCAAUGGUAUGCACUUCCAUCAAAUUUAUGGAUCUCUGCUUCAGUAUCAAAGGAAGAUAUUUUUACUCUGUUUUAUUAGUUUCCUCUAAACUGUAUUAUGGAUCGAUAAAAAAUAUUACAUUGUUGUUCCCCAUCGCAGAAACAGCAAAUCGGUGAUGAUGAAUUGAAGAUAGCAAGUCUUUGCUUAUGAAAUCAGUCUGGCGUGGGGCUGUUUUUACGCAUUUGAAUUUCAAAUCAGUUUGUUAAAGUCCAUUCAAUUAUGCUGUCAAAAAGUCAGGCAGUGUGGCUUCUGGCCAAUACAACCCAUUCUUCCUGCUGAAGCUCCUAAUUCAAAUAUGUGUGUCAUCUUGAUAAUAUGCUGGUUUUAAGUGGGACCUUCCCUUCUGGUGCAAACGUGAGACAGGCUUCGUCAUUCCAAAUCAGCCGUCAAAAUCAGAAACCUCACUGCUAAACAUUGAUGACGGUCCAAAGGUCGUGUCCUUGAGGAAGCGCAGCCACGAAGUAGCACGCCAACAAUUACGCAGAGUGCUGUUGUACAGGCUAUGCUAGCUAAUUCAUUCACCGCUGGGAAAAAUUUUUGCCCAGAUCCCAAAAAAAAUGCAGCAAAGUUAAAAGCAAGCAAUUCGCGAAGAAAUUAGCUGGAAUGAACAAGGGUUCCUUUUAUACUGAAGACUUUUCCCAAAAGUUGUGUACUGUAUACUGCAAGAUCGUUUAUUUACGGAGCUUUAUUUUAAAAAUCAAUCGUGGAAUCACUCAUGCGUAAUGCUAGCAACUCCAGAAAGGUCAAUACAAAACUGAGAGACAUUCGAUGUGCACUAGGGAUUAUAGUGAUAAAUAAGAAAACAGCUGUAAACGCUAAAUAAUAAUGUCUUACUUGGUUGCCAUGUUUUUUACAUGUAGUGUAGAAGGUGUGCUUAACAGAUGACUAUUUUUCCAUCCAUUUUCCAAAUUCCUGUGGGUAACAGAUUGAAUAUACAAAUCAGUAGUAGCUGAGUAACUAAAAUAGUAAAAAAAAAACGAAAACCAAUGACCUUUAACAAUAGUUUCAUAAGUGCAAUUAAAAUGUCAUCUUAGUUUAUGUAUGGGUUAUUUAUUUCAAAUUGUACAUUUUGCCUUGCAGAUUUUUUUUCCGUUGGUUUGUUUUUUUAAUGUUUUUUUUAAUUAUUAAUCUAAAGCUCCAUUGAUGUAUUAAUAAGAAGAGAGUGAUUACACUCAUUGUUUGCGUCACGCAGUCGGAAUCUACCGGCGUUAAAUGUCCGUCCACUGUCUCAGCCCACGGCCCGGAAGAUGAAAUGCUCAUGUUUUUGCAUCAUGUCAGUGGCAAAGCAGAAACGCCUCUGUACAGACGUGAGAAUAAAGGGGACUAUUGUAGUUCAAAGCGAGAGCAUCGUGCUCCGGGGGGGGGGGGUCACUGCCCAGGCUUUAUGUGACUUGUUAUGGAUGUGAACCGAAGCGAGUCGGUUUGCGCCACGUGCGACCAGUGCUGAGGCUUGGGAAGGAGCCGGACUUUCCACGUGUCUAUAGGUUCGCAUCCUCACUGCCUUACUCCCCAUGUUCCCUUGAUCUGGGAAAAAAAAAAUUCAAACAUUCACCAAAAUAUACAAAGUCCAUCACAGUUAGUCUGGAAAAU